UUGUUGAGGAAUGUGACAAAUUGUGUAUAACAGGGUGCAGGCAAGCAGCUUCUGGUCCCCCAAUAUUCCCACCGCUUCGAACAUAGACAAACUUUGAGGGCAAAUGCAUUCUAGUUUCAGGAGGUUUGACCGUUAAUAUAGAUCCAUUCUGCCUUAUCUUCUCCGCUUUCAGGUGCAAGAACGGCUCAAAACCAACCCUUUCCUUCUCUGAUCCACAAUCCUAAAAAUCUCACAAACCUUAAAGCUUGUCUCCAAUGGCUUGUCGUCCAGUAACUACCCUCUUUCUAAUGUUCUUCUUCUUGUUCACAUCUUCCUCAGCUUCAAGAAUUUUACCAUCGAAUUCUCAGAAAGUUUCGUUGGGUCUAUACUAUGAAUCCCUGUGCCCCUACAGCGCCAACUUCAUCGUCAACUACCUGGCCCAGCUCUUCGAAACUGACCUCAUCUCCGUCGUCGAUCUCAAACUCGUUCCUUGGGGUAACGCCAAACUCAGAGGCAACGACACCUUCGAUUGCCAGCACGGCCCAUCUGAAUGCUUACUGAACACUGUGGAAGCCUGUGCAAUCCAUGCCUGGCCUGAACUGAGCGAGCAUUUUCCUUUUAUUAAUUGCGUCGAGACUUUGGCCUAUGAACACAAAUACCCUGAGUGGGAAUCAUGUUUUGAUAAAUUGAACUUGGAUUCAAAACCCAUUGCAGAUUGCUAUAGCAGCGGAUACGGGAAAGAGCUUGAAUUACAGUAUGCAGCUGAAACAAAUUCCCUUGAGCCUCCUCAUGAGUAUGUGCCGUGGGUAGUUGUGAAUGGAGAACCACUCUAUGAGGAUUACGAAAACUUUGUAAGCUAUAUAUGCAAGGCUUAUAAAGGCACUGCUGUGCUCGAAGGCUGUAGCAGUGUAUCCCUGCAUACCAUACAAAAAGGGAAAACAAAUCCUAUCCAUCCAGAUUGUUUUGAGACAGGAAUGCUGGCAUUAACUGCAAGAAUAACAUCAGCCAUAACAUCAUGGAUGCAACAAAUGAACAUGGUGGCUUCACUGUUCCUCUCUAUUUACUAGAGAUCUACCUAGCUUGUGUAUAUUUGCAGUGUUCAGUUAAGGCAACUAUAAAAUAGCGAGUUGGUACUUGACAAAGAAAAUGAAUCCUGUUUGUGGUGUAUCAUUAAUUUCUUAAUUAUGAAAAAUAAUUUCAAGUAUGUAUGAUGAUACAUCAGUGUAAAUGUAUACAUGGUACAUUCACAUGCCA